UUAAAACUGUCUCUUUGCGAGCGAUCCCGGUGAUCUUUCUCUGUAUCUGUUCAUCACCAGUUACCACCUCCUCACCCUCUCUCUCUCUCUCUCUCUCUCUCUCUCCGUCGCCGUCGACGAUUCAACUUCGAAUUCGAUGCUCUUCUGCACUUGAAAGGAUGAAGAUUGUUAAGGAGAAUCCAUCUGACAGUGAUGUCCAGGCAAAUCCAUCUCGCAGUGAUAUCCAGGUGAUCGAUUUGGUAUCAGCAGUGAAGGAAUUGCACGGGCUUAACUCUCAAGAGCUUUACAGGUUAUUGAGGGAUGCUGAAAAUUUUACUGUUCACCACCUUACUGGAAAAGGAUUGCUGCUGAAGAUUGAUAUGGACAAGCUGGCAGGUUCUCUUCCAUUGCACCUUACUGCAGCAAUAAUCUCAUCUGAUAGAAAUGAAGCCUUGUUCAGAUACUUAUUACGUGGCAUUCGCCUGUUGCAUUCGCUGUGUGAUUUAUCUCCCCGACUUCCUAAACUUGAUCAGAUUUUUCUAGAUGAUGUGAAAGUUUUAGAACAACUGAUGGAUUUCGUUUUCUACAUGCUUAUUGUUCUCAGUGGCUACAGACAGGAAGACCAUGCUUUUAGUCCUAUGUACCUUCUGCAUUCUGCUCUUGUAGCAUGCAGCUUAUAUCUAUUAACUGGAUUUAUCUCAGCACAGUGGCAAGAUAUUGUUCAUGUUUUGCUUGCACAUCCGAAGGUUGACAUAUUCAUGGAUGCGGCUUUUGGAUCAGUUCGCAUUGCUGUUAGGUGUCUUGAGAAUACACUGGUAGCUUGCUCUAAAGAUUUUUCCACGGAACCAAAUCUCCCAGCUGAACAAAUAGUUUAUUAUCUAUGCCAGCAGUGUGAGGCUUCUCUGCAGUUUCUUCAGUCAUUGUGCCAGCAGAAAUUGUUUAAAGAGCGCCUGCUUAAGAAUAAGGAACUGUGCGGAAAUGGCAGCAUUCUUUUUCUGGCUCUAUCUAUAUUGAAGUUAAACAUUCAGUCAUCUUUUCCAACAAGGAUUGUGGCUGCAAUUUCAAGGCUAAAAGCUAAAAUGCUGUCCAUUCUGCUGAUUUUGUGUGAAGCCGAAAGCCUUUCUUUUCUUGAUGAAGUUGCCAGCUCACAACAAAGUUUAGAUUUGGCUAAAUCUGUUGCAUUGGAGGUUUUUGACUUGUUAAAGACUACUUUUGGAAGAAAUCCUGGGCAUUUCACUACUGCUGACAGAAGUUAUCCAAUGGGGCAUUUACAGCUUAAUGCCAUGCGUCUAGCUGACAUCUUCUCUGAUGACUCAAACUUCCGAUCUUACAUGACAGUUUGUUUCACUAAAGUUCUGACGGCAAUAAUAUCUCUCUCCCAUGGAGAUUUUUUAUCCUGUUGGUGUUCAUCUAACCUCCCAGAAAUAGAGGAGGAUGCAAGUCUUGAAUAUGAUACAUUUGCUGCCGUCGGAUGGGUUUUGGAUAAUACUUCAUCACAGGAUCUACCGAAUGCAACAAUUUUGGAAUUCAAUCUAGUACCUAACAGAGUGUCUUCUGUCUCUUAUGCACAUCAUAGGACAUCAUUUUUUGUCAAGAUCAUUGCAAAUCUUCAUUGUUUUGUUCCCAACAUAUGUGAAGAACAAGAGAGGAACCUUUUUGUUCUCAAGGUCCUGGAGUACUUGCAAAUGGAUCUAUCUAAUUUGCUGCCUGGGUUUUCUUUUGCUUCUGAUGUUCCUAAAGCUGCCACUGUCAGCAAGAACCUACGCUCUUUACUAAGUCAUGCAGAAUCUUUGAUUCCGAAAUUUUUAAAUGAGGAGGAUGUACAUCUUCUAAGGGUGUUUCUUGGUGAAUUACAAUCACUAUUUACUUCUACUGGCAUUGGGGGAAAUCAUGUUCAGGAUAACAAAUUUGAAGAGUUAUCUUGGGAUAAGUUUUCUAAACUCGUCAACAAACAUUAUCAGGAGGCUCAUAGUACAGCGCGAUGCUCAUCGCUUAUACAACAAGAACCUUCUGAACUUAGUAAGAAAGGAGGUAACUUGAAGGAGGGAAUGUCUGAGAAUUCUUCAUUUCCAGGCACAGGCCAGUGUACUACCAGAGCUGAAAUCACAAAUCUCGGUAAUGACCUAAGUAGGCAAGAUCAGGUAGAAGAUAAAGACAUAGCUGGUAAAACUGUGUCAAGAGGAGCAAGAGAUUUUGACAAGGAUUGUCAAAAUGCUGAAACAAGCAGUUCAGAUACUAGUUCUGCAAAAGGAAAGAGUGUUAUUGAUCAUAUGGAUAGCGGGGAGCUCUCAAAAUCGGUUGCGCAUCCUAAAAAAGUUACAGUUGGAGAAACUCCAGAGGAUGAAAAGGUUGAAACUGUACCGAGGAGAAAACGAAAACGAACUAUAAUGAAUGAUGAACAGGUGAUGUUGAUUGAGAGGGCACUCUUGGAUGAGCCUGAUAUGCAGCGAAAUGCAGCUUCACUUCAAUCAUGGGCUGAUAAAUUAAGUCUCCAUGGUUCUGAUGUUACACCUUCUCAGAUUAAAAAUUGGUUGAACAAUCGAAAAGCUAGGCUAGCUCGCACAGCUAAGGAUGUUCCAGCCGCAGAUGUGGCUAAAUCAGUGCCAGAUAAGCCAAGAGGUCCUAGUCUAGGGCCCUAUGCCUCACCUGACAAUUAUGGCGAUGCAUCAAAUGCAAGACAAGAUCUUCUUAGUCUCGCAAAAAUAGCUUCUGGCGAUAACCCUGAACCUUCACUGGCUGAACUGAAGGCUGAACUAGUUGAUGCGCCUCCAGAAAUUGUUCGCUGCAAUGUGGGUCAGCAUGUUGUGCUCACAGAUACGCGAGGAAAGGAAAUUGGCAGAGGGAAGGUAGUGCAGGUGCAAGGCAAGUGGUAUGCUAAGAGCUUGGAGGAAUCGGAGACCUAUGUUGUGGAUGUUAUUGAGCUAAAGACUGAUAAAGAGACGCGGGUACCCUAUCCAUCAGAAGCUACUGGCACUUCAUUUGCAGAGGCUGCUAGUAAGUUAGGGGUCAUGAGAGUGUUAUGGAGUCCUCGCAGAAUAAUCGCACUGCAGUCUUAAUGAGAUCAAUGAUGAUGCUUCAGUUCAGUGGCUGCUCUGUAUCUUGUUAACAAAUUUCCUUGCGGUUCUAUGUAUCUUUGUACAUUGUUAAUAAGCUGCACACAAGACCUCUUAUGUGUGCAAGUGGAAGUAGGACAGUGCUUCCUAAUUAUUCAACCAAUAGAGAGUAUAUGAUAGUUCAAUAUUUAGGGAUAGAAGAUCCGAAAAAAAUUAUGUCAAACUAUUAGGAGAUAUUUAAAUAUAAAUUAUGUGUAUGUGAACUUUACUUUAGUAUAAGAAAGAUUAUUAUGAA